AUGGCAGUGCCGAAGAAGAGAACUUCACGGACAAAGACCAAGGUCCGCCGGGCUGUAUGGAAGGCUCAGGCUCGGGACGAGGCUCUUAAGGCUUUGUCCCUUGCCAAGUCAGUGCUUACAGGCCGCUCUAAGAGCUUCAUCUAUGUGCAAAACGAGAAGAAGAAUGCCGAUGAGGAGGGCACUGAUGAGGCUGCCUCUGAGGCAAGCCCCGCCUCUCCUCUUCCCUCUUUUCCUCGAUUCACCAUGACGACUUCUCUGAGGAAGAACCGCAAAAAGCGCGGCCACGUCAGCGCCGGCCAUGGCCGUAUCGGCAAGCACAGAAAGCAUCCCGGCGGUCGCGGUAACGCGGGAGGCAUGCACCACCACAGGAUCAUGAUGGACAAGUACCAUCCGGGUUACUUCGGUAAAGUCGGUAUGCGUUACUUCCACAAGUCCAUGAACAAGUUCCACUGCCCACACAUCAACCUGAACGAGCUCUGGUCGCUCAUUCCCGCCGACGUUAAGGAGAAGGCCAGCGGCGCCGGAUCCGCUCCCGUGCUCGACGUGACCAAGUUCGGGUUCUUCAAGGUGCUCGGCGCCGGCGAGCUGCCACCGCAGCCGUUGAUCGUGAAGGCGAAGCUGUUCAGCAAGCUGGCGGAGCGGCGGAUCAAGGAGGCCGGCGGAGCGGUUCAAUUGACGGCUUUCGCCGACGACGAAACGGCUUUUGAAUCGACUCACAAGUCAACUCGUCGUAGCGCCGCGUUGACGGAUUACCAGGACAGCUUCUUGGACGACGACACAGUUUCUGAAUCAGCAAGAGGUUAUGUUUCAGGGGAAACGCUGGAUGAAAUCCCCACAUUGGAUGACAUGGCAACAUCAGAUGAAAUGGCUGACGAAGAAGAGGAGACGGGGGAUCUGCCUGGAAAAGAUGGGGUUUGGGAUUGGGACUAUGAGGACGUCAGCAGGAGCUCAGAUGACAUCAGCAUGGAAAACACGGGUGGCGUCAGCACGGGUGACGUCAGCCUGGGUGGCAUUGGCAGAACGAUGGACGAGGAAGAUGACAGGAGGGAGGAAGCUGCUGCAUUGCUGCAGGAUUACCGGUUUCGGCAUGACAGCAGGGAAGAGCAGGAGCAGAACUUUCACGCUAUGCCUGGUGCUUUGGCUCGUGGCACUGGCACUGGUGCUGGAGGGGAGGGAGAGGACUUUGAUGAAUUUCAGCAGGAUGGUGGUGGUCAGGCGUCCACGCUGUCAGCAAGAGGUGUUGAUGAUAGUGGCGUGAGGGGAGCAGGCAGUCUGGGCCAUGACAAACGAAUUGAAGAGCAAUAUGAGGACAGUGAUCAAGUAUUCGCUUUGGAAGCAGCAGCAGCAGUUGUUGACAAGGAAGAAUCAGGCAGAUUGUACGAUGACCAGAUGGUUAAACAAAGAACGCUCAGGGGGAAGGCAGUAGUGCCUGCACGCAAUGACAACUGGGGCCUCCAAGAGAAUCCUCUGAACGUCUCUGUCGAAUGA